UAAAACUCUCAGAACUCUCAGCUCUGGCUCAGCUGAGUAGGCAAGUGGCCCAGCAGGAGUCGGUUCCUUUGCCUUGACUGUCUUUCACAGUAAUGAGGGCCUUUAGUAUUUGGAAGGGACAUCAAAGGUCAUCUGGUGGCAAGAAGAUCCCACAUCUGACAUUGCAUUUAUCAGAUUCUCCUGGGGAGCUUAAAAAUACAUCCAUCGCCGUCCUUAUGCAGGCCCAGUAAAUCAGAAUACCUGGAAGAAGAACUUGAAAAACAUCAGCCAGAUCUGGGGAUUGCUGAUCUGGUCCAGCUGCCUUCAUGAUUUCAGAUAAAGAAGAGCCAGGGGAGAUCUGUUCUCCAACACCUUACAUCACUGUGCAGACAAUUGGCAGUCAGGAGAGAGGCAGCUGCCACACUCUUCAGAUAUCUAUUUAAAGUUCAAAGAGACGGUGCGUGACAACAACGAAGAGGUGAGUGUGGCCCUGACCAACCCACCCAGCAACAGGAAGAAUGGCUGAAAAAGAAUCUACACUAUCACACCUUCUGGUCCCUAUUCUUCUCUUGAUUGGCUGGAUUGUGGGCUGCAUCAUAAUGGUUUAUGUUGUCUUCUCUUAGAAAGGCAAGAAGACUUCAGAUUGACUUCAUUUAGAAGAAUUAAGAAAAACAUGAACAUGACAGAUUAUUAAACAUUUCUCAUGUAAAUAAACUGCAAUGGUUGACAUCA